UGUGUUCUCGUGAAGUGAGGAAAUGUGUUGGCAGCGCACGCACCCAGCUGAUCAUGUGACAUAGAAAUGACUCAAAGAUCAGGAAGCCAGCGCAGAAACUGACUUUGGUUUAAGCGUUGUAAGAGAAGCAGAUGGAUUACCAGCGUGGAGUGCCCAAGGACCCGAACCAGCUUGCACAGACUAUCAGUUCCAAUAUACAAAAGAUCACACAGCAAACAUCUGAGAUCCAGAGGAUUGUCAGUCAAGUAGGGACACCACAGGACACCACUGAGCUGAGACAAACGCUACAACAGAAGCAGCAAAAUGUCAACAAUCUUGCCAAAGAGACGGAUAAGUUGAUGAAAGAGUUUGGUUCCUUGCCGGUAACAACAGAGCAGCGCCAAAGAAAGAUCCAGAAGGACCGUCUUGUCAAUGAUUUCUCCAACGCACUGGCUCUUUUCCAAAGGACUCAGAGGGAGGCCGCACAGAAAGAGAAAGAGUUUGUUGCCAGAGUUCGUGCCAGCUCCAGAGUAUCGGGUGGUGCCACAGAUUAUGAAUUUGGAGGAAGUACUAAUCCUUUUGGAAGUGACAGUCAGACACAAAUCCAGGCAGAUGAGGAAGCCAUUACUGUGGAUGACCUGUAUCUCAUCCAGGAGAGAGAACAGUCCAUACGGCAGCUAGAGUCUGACAUCACAGACAUCAAUGAAAUCUUUAAAGACCUGGGAAUGAUGGUCCAUGAGCAAGGAGACAUGAUUGACAGCAUAGAGGCCAACGUUGAGAGCGCUGACCUCAAUGUCCAAUCUGCAACUCAGCAGUUGGCAAGAGCAGCAGACUAUCAGCGCAAGUCGAGGAAGAAGAUCUGCGUUUUGAUAGUAAUUUUGGUGAUUGUGGCUGUAAUUAUUGGCCUCAUCAUUUGGGCAUCCCUAAAGGGAUGAGGCCUUUACCCGUCAGCUGCUCCUGCUGGCUGUGGACCGUUCAGAGCCAUGUCCCCACCCCCCCCCCCCCAGGGAGACUGCUGCUACCAGGCAUGCUUCUUUCAACAUGGAUGUGGCACUUUAUGAUUUAUUUUCAUCACUAAUGACACUUCACAACCCACAGUACUGUAAAUGCUUUCAAGAUCCAAACAAAGGGAUGCUCAUUUUAAUAAUGCGCAAAUUUUGUUUUUUAGAUUGUAAUAACCUUUGAUGGGACAGUUCCAAUUUUUAGAUAUUUUAUAUAUUUUGACUUUGUAUAGUUAUGUAUGUUCUGAUGCCAAAUGCAGUAACAAAUGACCUAUCUAUGCAGAAACUUUAAUAAAAGCAUUCCCUUUAAGUC